AUGACUGUCACCGUGACAGAGGCUAGUAAACACCACAUCCGUAGAGACGAACACAGACCACAGUCGAUGAAGAAGUGGUCCUUAAAGACCUCCAGCCCGCCGGGCAGCACCAGCUGGGUGGUGGGGUCUCUGGAUCUCCUUGGUAGUCCUGCCAGUCUGGUAAGGUCCAUCGGUAACGGAGUAUCAGACUUCUUCCGUCUGCCAUACGAGGGUUUGACCCGGGGCCCCGGGGCCUUCGUCAGCGGAGUGUCACGAGGAACCACCUCAUUCGUCAAACACAUCUCUAAAGGCACGCUGACGUCCAUCACCAACCUGGCGACCAGCCUGGCCAGGAACAUGGACCGGCUGUCCCUGGACGAGGAGCACUAUACCAGACAGGAGGAGUGGAGGAGGCAGCUACCUGAGAGCCUGGGGGACGGACUCAGACAGGGCCUGUCUAGACUGGGCAUCAGUCUACUGGGAGCGAUAGCUGGCAUCGUGGACCAGCCCAUGCAGAACUUCCAGCGGGGUUCAGAGAUGCAGAGUUCAGCAGGCAGCAAGGCCAAAGGGGUCAUCUCUGGAGUGGGGAAAGGCAUCGUGGGGGUCUUUACCAAACCUAUAGGGGGCGCUGCAGAGCUGGUCUCGCAGACGGGAUACGGUAUCCUUCAUGGAGCUGGUCUCUGGCAGCUCCCCAAACAGCUGUACCUUCCAGCAGACCAGAAGUCAGCCCUCGCGCCCAACAGUCACGUCAAAUACGUCUGGAAGAUGCUCCAGUCCCUGGGUCGUCCAGAGGUUCACAUGUCCCUGGAGGUGGUGAUCGUGUCCGGGUCGGGUCAAGAGCAUGCUGGGUGUCUGCUGCUGACAGGGGAGGUGGUGUUUGUGGUCAGUCUGUCUGAAGACACACAGCAGCAGGCCUUCCCCAUCACCGAGGUGGCCUGUCAACAAGACCCCCACCACCUGGGGGCGCUGACCCUCACGCUGCAGCAGCAGAGACUCACCAACGAUGUAGAGGGUGACAGUGGGAGGGAGUGGUUGUCAGAGCAGCAGUAUGGUCGCCUGGUGGACUAUGUGACUCGUGCGUCUGCGUUCCUCUCCCCGUCGGCCUCGUCCCUCCAGCAGGCUCCUCCCAUCACCCCGGCCGAGCCUCCGCCCGCCGUCACCAAGACCUACCGUUACCUGGUCAGCCCCGCCCACGCCGCCGUGUUCGUCUCCAAGUUCACCAUGGUCAAGAACAAGGCGCUGCGCAUCGGCUUCCACUGACACACACCUUUACAGAGACACACCUGUACACACACACACCUUUACAGAGACCCUGACCCACACCUUUACAGAGACACACCUGUACACACACACACACACACCUUUACAGAGACCCUGACACACACACCUUUACAGAGACACACCUGUACACACACACACCUUUACAGAGACACACCUAUACACACACCUUUACAGAGACCCUGACCCACACACACCUUUACAGAGACCCUGACACACACACCUUUACAGAGACACACCUGUACACACACACACACCUUUACAGAGACCCUGACACACACACACACACACACCUGUUGUACUCUCUCUUUAGGUUGUUCAUCCACAAACUGCCUUUAAGGUUUAAUGUCCUCUGUGCAAUAAGAACCAGUUCCCCCUCUCACAGAACAAGGGAAGAGGGUUUAAACUUUGAUUUACUCUUAAACAUUUCAACAAAACACCUGUGGCAAUGAACACUAAUGUUGAGGAGACUGGAGGGGCUACAGUACGUUCCAAAUGCCACCCUAUUCCCUAUAUAUAGUGCACUACUAUAGACCAGGACCCACCCUAAUCCCUAUUAUAUAGUGCACUACUAUAGACCAGGACCCACCCUAAUCCCUAUUAUAUAGUGCACUACUAUAGACCAGGACCCACCCUAAUCCCUACAUAGUGCACUACUAUAGACCAAGAACCAAUGCCACCCUAAUCCCUAUAUAGUGCACUACUAUAGACCAGGACCCACCCUAAUCCCUACAUAGUGCACUACUAUAGACCAGGACCCACCCUAAUCCCUAUAUAUAGUGCACUACUAUAGCCCAGGAACCAAUGCCACCCUAUUCCCUAUAUAUAGUGCACUACUAUAGACCAGGACCCACCCUAAUCCCUAUAUAGUGCACUACUAUAGACUAGGACCCACCCUAAUCCCUACAUAGUGCACUACUAUAGCCCAGGCCCCAUAGGCCCCUGUGUUGGGAAUAGGUUGCCAUUAGGUCGUUUCACUCGUUGUCAUAUUGUCCUUAACCGAGUGUCUCCGAGCUCUUUAUUCCUGAGUAACUGAGCUGUUUAAAGCUCUUAAUGCUGAGAGCCUCCCUGACCGGGUCACGGUGUCGGUGGCGAACAUGUCAGAC